AUGACUAAAACUAUGAUGUGUCUAAAUUGGUUUUGUUAUUUUGGAUGUCAUACAGGCCGGAGUGGAUAUUCUACCAUCGGCAGUCAUUCCAGGGCAUGUGUUGACGUCAUGGACAAUAAGUCCAGCAUACAAGUAGAACUAGAUACGUGUGAAAACUGUUCUAAAUUGGCUAUGGACGGGGAUGAUGAUAAAACUGCGGCUAUGGUGUCACAAGCAGAGAUUUGGCAGGAAGAUAAAAAAUUUACAGUGUAUAAAGUUGUAAUUUGGUCACGGAAUGAAUCUUGGCAUGUAUUUAGACGUUAUAAUGAGUUCUAUAAACUUAAUGAAGUAUUAAAGAAACAGGUGCCAGACUCAAACUUAAAAAUACCAGGUAAGAAAUUGUUUUGUAACAACAUGGAUCCUUCAUUCAUUGCCUCUCGCCGGGAAGGUCUUGAUCAAUUUGUACAUCAUUUAAUGCAUCAAAACAAUUUACUAAACAUAAGUGAAGUCCGCAUAUUUUUUAACUUGGAUACUAAAGUUAAAGAACCAGACAGACCAAACCUUCUUAAAUGCUCUGGUACAAUAAAUUUAGGACCUUCAGAAAGACCAUCUGCUAAUCCAUCAGAUUUUGUAUUUCUACGUAUAAUUGGAAAAGGCAGCUUUGGUAAGGUUUACUUGGCUGAACACAAAACUGAAUCCAUUCAUUUUGCUAUAAAAGUAUUGGAUAAAAAGCACAUACUUGCAAGAAAUGAAGUCAAGCAUAUCAUGUGUGAACGCAAUGUUCUACUGAAAAAUAUCAACCAUCCAUUUCUUGUUGGCCUUCAUUACAGCUUCCAAACCAAAGAUAAACUUUACUUUGUACUUGAUUUUGUAAAUGGUGGAGAGUUGUUUUAUCAUUUACAAAAAGAAGUCAGAUUCUCAGAAAGCCGAGCUAAGUUCUAUACAGCUGAAAUAGCAUCGGCCCUUGGAUAUCUCCACUCUAAUGGUAUUAUUUAUAGAGAUCUCAAACCAGAAAACCUGUUACUUGACCAAGAAGGACAUUUGGUCCUUACUGAUUUUGGGUUUUGCAAGGAAGGUCUCAUCGGAACUAAAACUACAAAUACAUUUUGUGGAACUCCAGAAUAUCUUGCUCCCGAAAUAAUCAGGAAAGAAGCAUAUGGCAGAUCAGUUGACUGGUGGUGUCUUGGUGCAGUAUUAUAUGAAAUGUUAUUCGGACUCCCACCAUUUUACAGUUUAAAUGUGCAAGAAAUGUAUAAUUUAGUUUUGCAUAGUAGAUUAAAAAUAAAAGGACCGGUUUCGUCACAAUGCAAAAAUUUAUUGCACAAGUUAUUGGAAAAAGAAACUAAUAAAAGAAUUGGUAGCAAUGUUCAAGAUUUUAAUGAGGUUAAAAAACAUCCAUUUUUCAAAACAAUCAAUUGGGAUGAUUUAUUGAAUAAACGAAUUACACCACCUUUUCAACCACAACUGAAUGGAACAUGUGAUUUGCAGUAUAUUGAUCCACAGUUUACAAAGGAAUCUGUCAGUUCGUCCAUGUCGUCGUUUUGUGACGAAAAACUUUCUACUAGUAAACAGGACAUAGAUAAUGUGUUUGCUGGUUUCUCCUACACUCCUCCUUCUAGUUUAGAUUAA